AUGGCAAGCACUCGUAUCCAGAACAUCACAACCCACCUCAAGGCGAAGGGUGAAAGCCAACUUCCAGACGAUCACCACGGCAACACGCACAUGGAUACCAACAUGUCAUCAACCCAAAAGCUCUUUCAGCUGAUCCCUGGCGUGCAGUCGUACGAUUGGGGAAUCCAGGGCGCUUCCUCGUCUCGUGUCGCGCAGUUUGCAGCGGCGACCAAAGAGCUCAACUUCAAAGCCGAGGAUUCCAAGCCCUAUGCCGAGCUGUGGAUGGGCACUCAUCCGUCGAUGCCUUCUCGCAUCAUCACUGCAAAUGGCCAGCAAGCUGACCACCAGUAUGAGGCGCUAUCAUCAUACCUUGCCGCGCAUCCCGAACUGAUCGGUGACAAGGUGGUGGCCAAGUUCUCGGACGAAAAGCCGGGAUGUUUGCCGUUCUUGUUCAAAGUACUCAGCGUCGGCAAGGCGCUCAGCAUUCAGGCUCAUCCCGACAAGCCGUUGGGAAAGCGUCUGCACGAACAGAGGCCCGACGUGUACAAGGACCCCAACCAUAAGCCCGAGAUGGCCGUCGCGCUUACCGCUUUCCGUGGCUUUUGCGGCUUCCGACCUCUGCAAGAGAUUGUUCACUUUAUCAAGACGGUCCCCGAGUUUGCCCAGUUGGUCGACUUGUCCGAUGACGAGCUGCAAAAGGCUUCGGCGUCCGACCUGGACCCAAGCGAGAUCAAGGCGAUCCUCAAGACCAUCUUUAGCAACCUCAUGAACUCUCCUGCCUCCACCUACGAGCCGCUGGCAGCUCAGCUGUCGGAGCGAUUCGCAAAAAGCUCGAUCGAAGGCGUUCCAGAGGCGGAGCGAAAGCUGGUGCUCAAAUUGGCCUCGGAAUUCCCCAAGGACAUUGGAAUUUUUUGCACUUUCCUGCUCAACAUCUCGACGCUGCAACCAGGCGAGGCUCUGUUUUUGCAAGCCAACGAACCGCAUGCCUAUCUCGAGGGUGAGAUUCUAGAAUGCAUGGCUUCGUCCGACAAUGUUGUGAGAGCUGGCCUCACCCCCAAGCUGCGCGACACGGAAACGCUGGUCGAGAUGUGCACCUAUCAAUCUGGCUCCAAUCGAGGACGUCUUUCGGCCAAGCACUGGGUCAAGUCGAGUCCCAAAGAGGUCGAGGCGCUGCUGUACGAUCCUCCUAUCGAAGAGUUUAGCGUCGUAACGACCAAGUUGGAGAAAGCGCAACAAGUGACAAAUGCACCAGUAGAUGGUCCGUCGAUUGUCUUGGUGCUGGACGGCGUUAUUGAGGUCAACGACCAGCAAGGCCGAUUGAAGCUGGAAAGAGGUCAGUUGGCUUUCGUUGCCGCUGGCGUCGAGAUUGUGAUUCAGAAUGUAGGUGCUGACGAGGUGAGGCUGGCUAGGGCGUUUGUUGAGGCUUGA